AUGGUCAAUGAUUGGAACGGCGAUGAGACCUUGGGUCACAGCAAAGAACGUUUGGAGUCUUCCGAAUACACAGACAGACCUCCGACGUCAGAUACAACUGGCUCGACAUCCUCGAGCUCUAUUGAUUAUGAUCCCCAGUUGCAUACCCUUCGUUCCCGAGCCACCGAGGUUGAUCUCGAGCGCCAUGCUACCCGAGCGUCCGAUGCUUUGAGUCGCAUCAACACCCAACGACUCCAGCAUGCCCUGACUGUCGGCGAAAGCGUCAAGUCGCACCCAUCCAGAGCCCCGUUGCCCCCAUUUGGCGCCGGCAAGCCCUAUCCGCCCCCGUUACCGGCCCGGGAGGACUACGUGGUGGAGUUCGAUGGGACAGAGGAUCCUCUAUAUCCCCAGAACUGGCCCUUGGGUAGAAAGGUCUACACCAGCGCCAUCCUCGCUUUCACCAGUAUCUGUUCCACAUUCGAUUCAGCCGUCUUCAGCGCCUCCACGCGCAAUGUCGCCCAGGCGUUCGGUGUCGGCAUCGAAGUCUCGACGCUGUCCAGUUCUCUGUACAUCAUUGGCUAUGCGUCCGGACCUUUGAUCUGGGCUCCUAUGUCGGAACUCCAGGGCCGUCGCCUGCCAAUCAUCAUUGCAAUGUUCGGGUUCGGUAUCUUCAAUAUCGCCGUCGCCGUCGCUAAAGAUUUGCAAACCCUCAUGAUCUGCCGCUUCUUCUGCGGCAUCUUUGGCAGUUGUCCCCUGGCCGUCGUUGCUGCCGUCUUCUCUGAUAUCUAUAAUAAUCGCACCCGAGGUGUGGCGAUCGCCAUCUUCUCGAGCACCGUGUUUUUGGGUCCGCUCCUAGCCCCCUUCAUUGGUGGUUUCAUUAAUAUGUCCUAUCUGGGUUGGCGAUAUACCGCGUAUAUUCCCGCCUUCAUGGGGUUCUUCGCCUUCCUGCUGAAUGUUUUCUUUCUCAAGGAGUCGUAUCCCCCGGUCGUGCUCAUCGCCAAGGCCGCCGAACUGCGUCGUCGGACGAAGAACUGGGGUAUCCACGCCAAACAGGAGGAGAUUGAAGUUGACUUGCGCGACCUGCUCGUCAACAACUUUUCCCGUCCGUUACGUCUGUUGAUUAACGAGCCCUUGAUCCUAGCCGUCACCAUCUACCUCAGCUUUAUCUAUGGCCUACUUUAUUGCUUCCUGACGGCCUACACCCUGGUGUUCCAAGGGGUCCAUGGCAUGAACCCUGGCGUGGGGGGACUGCCGUUGUUCGGCAUGGUAGUGGGCCUGUUCAUCGCAGCGGGAUACAUCAUCGUGUCCAGCCGCUCCUACAACAAGAAGCUGGAAGCAAACGGGGGCAUUCCCAUCCCGGAAUGGCGACUUCCCCCGGUGAUCGCGGCCGGAGCUCUGUUUGCCGCGGGACUGUUCUGGUUUGGCUGGACCGGAUUUACGGAUAAAAUCCCAUGGAUCGUGCCCACGCUGAGUGGUCUCUUCACGGGAUUCGGCCUGCUCAUCAUCUUUAUCCAACUGUUCAACUAUUUGAUUGACACGUAUCUGAUGUUUGCGGCGUCGGCCAUCGCAGCCAACACAUUUGUGCGUUCCCUGGUGGCCUCUAGCUUCCCGCUAUUCUCGCGCCAAAUGUUCAACAACAUGGGCAUCCAAUGGGCCUCGACGCUUCUUGGGUGUGUCGCCGCAAUCCUGGUACCGAUUCCGGUGAUUUUCUACUUCUUUGGCAAGCGACUGCGCAUGAAGAGCAAGUUCGCGCCCAUCUAUGAGAGGGCCGAGGACCCAAGGGACGAUGAGAAUGAAAUCGCCGCGGAAACCGUUGGGUCGCGCAGGGAAUCUUGA